UCAUAGUUAUGAAAAGUAUGAAAGAGGACAGUUAAUUCAACUAUGAAUAUGUUUUAAAGUGACAUUUUAUUGUUAUGUGUAUUGAAAUAUUUUAUAAACAGUAAGACCCAUUUCAAUAUCUUCUGCUUUAAGUUUAAACCCAGGUAUGAAAUACACGUACGCAGAUUUAUAAGCUUGUAACACCUUUCAACAAAAUGGCUACGCAUUCUGUUAAUCAAAGUUCGGAUUUUUUUAAGGACUGUUGCUGUGAUGCAUGUGAAGGUAAAAAAUAUUCAGGAAAUUGCAGAGUGGUAUUGUGAAACCUGUCUGAAGUGUUUUUGUUCACAAUGUAAUCAUCAUCACAGUCAGUUAUACUCUUACCAUACCACAUGCGGUAGGGGAGACUUGAACAAGUGGCCUCUCACCAAGAAAAUAGAGGACUUUCUCCAGAAAAGUGAUGUCCACAAAGACGAAAGGCUGAAGAUGUUCUGUCAGGACCAUGAUCAACUGUGUUGUACUUAAUGUGCUUUUGUAAAUCACAGACAGUGCACCAAUGUGACUAUCAUUUCUGAUACAGUCAAAACUUAUUCGACAGACUUAAAGCAGCUUGCAGACAAGAUACAAACCAUUGUGACAUAUUUAAAAAAGCUUGAAAGUAACCGAGAGGCUGGUAUUCAGUCUAUAGAAGAUUCAUACAAUGAUCGAUACAAGGAAUAAGAGAUGCACGUGAGAGAAUUAAUGCUGCUCUAAAUGCCCUAGAAAACCUUGAAGGAAUUGGAUGAUAUGAGGACCGCACUACAAUCCUCGGUGAAAAAGGAUGUAGAGAAAUGUAACACGCUGAAUGAUGAACUGAAACGACUCAGUGACGCUUUACAAUGCCUUGAUUGUAAAAAUAAGGCGGAACUGACAUUUAUAGCCAGCAAGAAAAGUAUGAGCAAGUUGCAAGAGUCCGAAGAAUUUCUUAAGGAAACAACUGCCGUGAUUGGUCAUUCAUUUUCAUUCAAACACAACACAGACAUUGAGCAGUACUUAUCCGAACAGGUGGGUCUUGGAAAGAUUCUACAGGGAACCCAGUCUUUGCUGAUACACGCUGAUCCAAGUCAUGUAUUUACUGUUUUGCAAACCAAUGAAUAUGAUGUUUGCUUACCAAUUGGUUCAAAACAGACCGCCCAAUAUAUCACAAACAUCUGUAUUAUCGAUAACGAUAAGAUCAUUCUUACUGACAACGGCCUUAAAAGAGUGAAGCUUCUGGAUCAGCACUACAAAGUGAUCAGCCACCUUGAUUUGCCUCUUUCUGACGGAGGCAUGUGCCUAAUCAGUACAAAUAAAGUUACAGCGGCUGUGCAUGAGGGUGCAACAAAUGGGCUAAACUUUAUUUAUGUGAAUAAUGCUCAACUGAAGAUGGGAAAACAACUUAAGUUACAACACGAGUGCGCUGGUAUUGCCUAUCAUGGAGGCAACCUGUUUUUAACCUCCCGUACUGCUCUGUACCAAUACAAUCUGUCUGGUGAACGUUUGAAGAUAUUAUUUGAAUGCGGCCCAAGACUUGGAAUGGCAGUGUGGAAGUGUGCUGUAAGUUUAACCGGCGAGAGAAUCUAUGUCACUAACUACUUGCAACACAAGCUUCUGACACUGGCCACAGAUGGAACCAUAAUAUCUUCUUUUACUGACCGAGAACUACAGUGUCCAUAUGGAGUACAUGUUACUACAGCAGGCCAGGUUCUACUCUGUGGUGGUUCAUCUAUUAUACAUGUGGACAAGGAAGACAAGAAGAAGCUGGCAACUCUCGCUUCAAAGAAGGAUGGUAUGAUUAAACCAGUGUGCUACGAUAUCAACACUAAGUCCAUCAUUGUUGGACAACAGCACUCCACGAAGAAUAUAAUUGUAUUAACAGUCAAAUAAUAAAGAUCAUUUAGAGUGUAUAUACAACCCAUGGUGUAAGACAGACAAUCAUGUGCUUUAUCAGAUAGUUUCAUCAUCAUUCUUGGUUUACUGACAUUGUAAUUCUAUGUGAUAAACAAGCCAUGUACAUUAUUAUUUUUGGAUGAGUAACUUAUAUAUCUGGCCCUUGCUUCAGUGAGGCAUUUAUUAGUGUGCAGGAUUUUAUACAUUUAUUUACUAGAAGGCCAUUUAAUAACUUGAUAUUAACCGGUAGAAACGCAAAUCAACCCCGGUGAAGACGAGUUAAGCAUUUUUUCUGCAAGUGACUUUCCGACAAUAGUAUGUGAUUCUUUAGUGAAUAGUUGUAUUGGUAUAUGAUUUCCUACAAACCUACAAUCUUUAAUACAUGUUGCAUUUUACGUUAACAUGAUGAAAUGCAGAGUUUUGAUAAUAUGAUAUAUAGUGUCGCACAACGACCACUAUCUCACCGAUGAAAUGGCUUAUUUUAUAGAUACUAUAAUAAUUAUAUAUAGUUUAAAUGUAUACGCAUGCUAUAUUUACUUUAACGGUCAUCUUUGUAAAUUGGACAAGGAUUAAUUUGUAAACCAAGCACUCGCUUGACUAAACAUGCAUGUGAGACACCCUGCGACAUCUGGGAAAUAAUUUUUAGGCUAAGCAUAAUACAAGUUUCCAAUGGGAUAUGAAGCUUAAAAACACCCGUAGCACCCUUAAUAAGACGAGACUCGGCGAAGAUUUUAUUUCAUCCUAUGGAUGGAAUGGAUGUAAUAACUGACAUAUAUCAGUUAACGUGUACUAUAACUAUUACUAACUAGUUAAAUGCACAUGUGUUUUUAAUUGCAAUCUGAGGAGGUAAAACAAAUACAAAAGUCAUAUAAGAUUUUUCAUGUAUACUUAUAUUGUAAUGUUUUAUUUACAGCCUGACUAACCCGAUUUUCGUCAAUAUUUGACAUACGACAUACGACUUCAAAUAUUAAGAUGGGUUACUUACUUGCUUUAAUUUAGAUUUUUGCACAAUAAGUACAUUUUGAGACACUUAUUCAGCAUAAGGAAAUGUGUGUACCUGUUUUCCAAUGUCAUUGAGUCUUUACCUACUACAAUAUACACAUCACGGAUACUGCCAGUUCUUGGAUACUGUUUGCUCACCUGUAAAUGCUCUCGGCAGUUCAGUCGGUUGCUUUUUUUGCAACUGAUUUAUAUAAGAAAGAGUUUCAUGAACAAAUAUACCACAGAUACUUGUGUUAUUUUAUUGAUGAGUAUCAUAUUUUGUCCCUUUUUCAUUCUUAAUUAAUUUAGCAAUAUGUUUAUUAUAUUUACCAAGUUUUAAAGACACUUAGUAUGUAAAUGUUUAAGAUUUUAUGUAUUCGCACUCAACAAAACAUGUCUGUACUACCUGAUCAUCAAUAAUUACAAAACAUUAAGUCGUUCAAUAACUGCAUCACAAUAUGAACUGUUUAUGUUUACAUUUUAAGUAUGAUAGUGAGAAAAGUUAUGUUAUGAAUGCGUCAGGUAAUGUUGUUACCCCUACACAAGUGUUAAUAUAGCAGUGCUGUAAGGAUUUAAUAACAAACGAUAUGAGGUGAGUUUACGAUUUCAUCUUUAAUUUGUUUUAAAUCUGGGAUGAAGAAAUGCCAUUUGAUCCAGAUUAAACAUUAUACAUUAUGAACACUGCACGAUAUAUUGUGCAUUCAAGAUUUCAUCUUUAAAAUAAUUUUAAUCUGCGAUUUAGAAGUGCCAAUAGGCUUCAACUUGAAGAGAAUACGAAAAUUGAAAGACUGUUUAAGGUGCUGCAUCUAUGUUUUAAAGGCUAUUGAAACAAAUUGAAACACUUUUUAAAGUGCUGCAUCUAUGUUUUAACGGCGGAAUGAUCAUUUAAACAUUGAGGAAUAAAAGAUCAGUUUUUAUAUUAUUACAAUUGUUUGAAUGCUGUGAAUGCUGCAAUAAUAAAGUGUAGUAAAACAUCUUUGGAUCUAAUGCCAUUAUGGCCUACAUGCAAUUUAUGAUACAUUUCAUGCUGCAUUGAUUGUUUAACAUGCCUAUCAUUUACAUCAAGUGUAUCAUAAUGCCAUUAUCUUGUUGAUGCUCUUUUAUGGUUGUCAUUAUUAACAACAUGAAACCACUAUGUUGUAUAUAAAUGUCAUGUUGCAUAUUAAGUAAAAUGUAUAUUUUUUCCUUAACGUUUAAGAGAAUGUGUAGAAUGAAUUAUGCUUUAGUUGAAUGUUGCUUGUAAUAUAUAUUCUUGGUAUAGCCUUGUUCUAUGAUCAAAUGAAAGUAACCUCUAAGAAUUCCAAGAUAAAGCGCUGGUAUUAGUUCGAAGUAGUAUGCUUUUAGAUUUCUCUAAUGUUUGUGCUUAUAUAAUUAUGUAUAAUGUCGAUUGUUUUGGUUAAAUGCAUGCUACUUUGGCAGGAAACUGGAUUGUUAUUAUUUAGAAUGUAUAUAUGUUUAUUAGUAUUGUAUAUGUCAUUUAAGAAAAAAAGAUAUACCAAAUUCCUGUUA